CCCUUUGAUUUCCUGUUAUGAGAUGAGCCGCGGUGAUAAAAUUAUGUUGUGAGAUUAUCCUAUAUUUAGGAGAAAACGAUGAACUUCUGCGGUGAUAAAAUUCUAAGGGAAAGGUUACUCAUCUGCUCAAAACGCCAGAAAUGUUUCGUCAUUCAACGAGGAGACGUUUUCUGAGAAGAAAUAACUGGUGGCACAAAUAGAAUCGACGAAUGUACGACUACUCGGUAACGAAAACGAACCGGACAGCAAUUAAAAUAUGCAGUUGACCGGAGGUAAAAUCGAUUUUUAAAACAGUGAAGUGCAGCUGGAAGUACGGACACCGAGAGGACAUUCCACGUCUUGUUUUUUUGUUUUCAGAACUCCUUUUAAAAGCAAAGCUACAUGCAUUUCACAUGAGGACGCCUGGACGUUCGAAAAGUAUGAUGCAUUCCAAUUUGAGAAUUAUCAGGCACGCGCCGUUUAUUUUAGCGUAUUUAUCUGGGGUUUGGAUUGCACCUGUGUCCUUACACCCACAGUGCCUGGAUUUUAAGCCUCCAUUUCAAUCCCAAGAAGAGCUUACGUUUUGCGUAAUGUACAAGAACUUCGGUUGCUGUGAUUCUGCGAAGGACCAGGAUUUGAAGGCGAAGUUCUACCGGAUCAUGGACAGUUUUGACUAUUACGGUUAUGCAAGUUGUGCAGGAUACGUGCAGGACAUUAUUUGUCAGGAAUGUUCCCCUUAUGCAGCACACCUCUUUGAUGCAGAGGACACCAGCACACCGGUGAGAUCUAUCCCAGGGCUUUGUGGAGACUACUGCUUUCAGUACUGGCUGAAGUGCAGGUCAACCAUCACUCUCCUCUCUGAUGACAAGCAUCUGGCAGAGAUAGAACAGGACCAGCAUAGGUUCUGUAAGCAUCUGGAACUAGAUGACCCAGAUUACUGCUACCCCCACCUACUCAGUAAUGACCAGCUAAGCAGUAACCUGGGACGCGUGACUGCAGACCCUGAGGGUUGUCUGCAGUUGUGUCUGGAGGAAGUGGCUAAUGGGCUACGGAACCCUCUGGCUAUGGUACAUGCCAACGAUGGUACGCACAGGUUUUUCGUGGCGGAACAGGUGGGUGUGGUAUGGACAUACUUGCCUGAUCGUUCCAGGCUAGAGAAACCCUUUCUGAACAUCAGCAAAGCAGUGUUGACUUCGCCCUGGGAGGGGGAUGAGAGAGGAUUCCUGGGAUUGACCUUUCACCCCAAAUUCAAGUACAACAGAAAGUUGUAUGUCUAUUACUCGGUGGAGGUGGGUUUUGACGAGAGGAUCAGAAUCAGCGAGUUCCUCGUCUCAACCACCAAUAUGAAUGUCGUAGACCACAGCUCAGAAAGGAUUAUUUUAGAGAUUGAUGAACCGGCAUCAAAUCACAACGGUGGUCAGCUGCUCUUUGCUGAUGAUGGGUAUUUGUACAUCUUCACUGGGGAUGGAGGCAUGGCAGGGGAUCCUUUUGGGAAAUAUGGAAAUUCACAGAACAAGUCUGCCCUAUUGGGCAAGGCUCUUCGCAUUGAUGUGGAUAAUAACGACAGGGGGCCAGUGUACAGGAUUCCUCCCGACAACCCCUUUAUACAUGACCCAGAGGCUCGGCCAGAGGUGUAUGCGUACGGCGUGCGCAACAUGUGGCGUUGCUCAGUGGAUAGAGGAGAUCCCCACACCAAGGAAGGGAAAGGAAGGAUCAUCUGUGGAGAUGUAGGACAAAAUAAAUAUGAGGAAGUAGACAUCGUAGAGAAAGGGAAGAAUUAUGGCUGGAGAGCAAAAGAAGGUUUCUCUUGUUAUGAUAAGAAACUUUGUUCCAACAGCUCUUUAGAUGAUGUCCUUCCUAUAUAUGCCUACCCUCACAAAAUGGGGAAAUCAGUUACAGGGGGCUACAUCUACCGAGGUUGUGAAUAUCCCAAUUUAAAUGGCAUGUACAUAUUUGGUGAUUUUAUGAGUGGACGCAUGAUGAGUCUGAGGGAGAACAAGCGUACAGGCCAGUGGGAUUACAGUGAGAUCUGCAUGGGAAUGGGGCUCACGUGUGCUUUUCCAGGCCUCAUCAAUAACUACUACCAGUAUAUCAUCUCCUUUGGAGAAGAUGAGGCAGGAGAACUGUAUUUCAUGUCCACUGGAGUUCCAAGUGCAACAUCAGCUACAGGUGUUGUGUACAAAUUUGUAGAUCCUUCACGACGUGCACCACCAGGAAAAUGUCGUUAUGACCCACUACCUGUCAAAGUUAAAGGAAACCUGAUAAGAUUCAAUCCAAAGGAAACAUUGAUUGGAGUAGAAUUACCAACAAAACUGCCAAAACGCAACGGUGCAGAAGGACCUGCAGCUCCCCGCCCGACCGCACCAGUGCGCACCCCUGCCACCACGACCGACUGGCUCCAGGAGCUGAUCGACCUCCUCAGGGAACAGGAGGCAGCCUUAGGGAGGACCACCCCGCCCACGACCACCACGACCGCCCGCACACGCAGGCCAGGCAGACCGCGAAAAGGCCGGCGGAGGAAGGGCAAGCACCGACCUCAGGCCUCGUCCCGCAACGGAGCCCUGCGAUUGGUGGGGGACGAGGGAGGGCGGACCGACCGGGGACGGAUAGAGAUCUACGCCAACGGGGAGUGGGGAACGGUGUGCGAUGACCUAUGGAACACGAAGAACGCCGCCGUGGUCUGCCGUCAGCUGGGCUUCCGCUACGCCCUGAAGGCCUCCAAGCACGCGGAGUUUGGCGAGGGCACGCACCUGAGGAUCCUCCUGGACGACGUGCAGUGUGAGGGGACCGAGGAGACCCUCCUGGACUGCAAGCAUGCGGGCAUUGGGAAGCACAACUGUGCACAUUAUGAGGAUGCAGGGGCCAUAUGUGGGAACACGGAGUAUGGAGAAUACUAGGGUACCUUGUGAAUAGAGUGGCUGGUUUGCAAAGUGAAGAACAGAAACUUAGAGCCAGUUUCACGGGCAACAAUUAAGCUUAGUCCUGGACUUAAGUCUUGUAUGCAGAAUCUCCAUUCAAAAUUGAAUUUAGUCUAGGAUUAGGCUUAAUCUGUGUCUGCGAAACUAGCCCAUAAAGCCUAAUCUAAUUUCCGUUGACAUUUUGGCACAUAGGUCUACCUCUUUCACUAAGGUUUUAAUGCCAUGCUAAUUUUCUGAAAUAAAACAAAUUGUAUAUAAAAAAUAUUUUUGUGUAAUAUUGAUCCAAAACGUAACAUUUCGUUUGAAUAUACGGUACAUUUUGGUUGAUUAUACGGUACACUUUUUUAAAUUGCAAUUUAAUUGUACAUGGCUGGCUUCAAUCACAUUUAACAUGUUCAACGUAUUGGCCAACUGAAUGUAUCAGAAACUUUGAAGUUAUUUAAUGGCCUUUAAUGUUCAGUUGCAAUGAAUGAUGCAAGGAGGUUUAUAUUGUGCGCAUGUUUUCACUAUGGUUCAUUAAAUACUGUACUCUUCUCA